AUGUGCCAAUUGUUAAUAAGUUGUUUGGGCUUUUUGUUUGUGGUGAUCUCAUUUGUGGCUUGCAUGGGGGCAUUCGUUCUGCCCUACUGGGUGUACUGCCCUUCAGGCUGCUCAGGAGUGACGAAUGGAGGAUCGUUUUUGUACGAAGGCAUGUUAGUCAGAAUGACUGAUCAGAAAUAUUGGACAUACUUCUGGGAGGAUGAUUUCAAAAUGGAGCAAGAUCUGCCAGGAGUGAGAAUAUUUGGCUCAAAAGUUUUAAAUGAUAAAAUUGACAAAGUAGGAGAUUUGACAAAAAAGCGGAAUGUCCAAGUUUUACUGAUUCAGGCGAAAGUAGCUAGUGCAAGAGAACAAGAUAUGGAGAUAUAUAAGAAAAAAGUGGCACGAGUAACUAGACGAACAGCAGAGUUAAAAGAUUUACUUAAAGGAUGA